AGAGAUGCAUCUGGGGCUUUGGACGCUCUUAAUUCUCUGAAGAAGUCCUUCUUCACCAAUUUCCUCCUGUCGUGGAUCGAUCCAGGGCUGAAACUUUGCAGGCUGCCUCAGCUCCAUCUUGUUUUGCCAUCUCCGGGGUGCCACCAUUUUGUGGUGCAUUGUCGGCCAGUCGUUCUGCGAGACGCGUUCAUUGCUUCUUCUUGCCCAGAACACUGGAAGUCAGAUUGCGCCUCACCCUCCCUUCCCCUUGGAUCUAUACACUUCUUCUCUCGGUUCUUUCCUUCUCCUACCUCAAAAGCCGAUCUGAAAAAGUUUAAACAUUUUCCAAAAACGGUUAUCCAAAAUGACAAGCCUGUUCCGACGGAGCAGCAGCAAUGGCGGCUCGAGGAACAGCUCUUCGGCUCAAGAACUUAACAAUAGCCGCCCCGCCAGGCAAGUACGGAGGCUGGAGUUUAACCAGGCGAUGGAGGAUUUCAAGACCAUGUUCCCCAAUAUGGAUUAUGACAUCAUUGAAUGCGUCUUGAGGGCCAACAAUGGUGCAGUAGAUGCCACCAUCGAUCAGCUGCUACAGAUGAAUUUGGACUGCAGCGAGUGUGACGAGAGUUCAGAUUCGGAUGACAGCAUUCCUCCGGAG